CGGAAGCGAUUCCUUGCCUUGCCCUCGGUUCCCUUUGCUGCCUUCAGCUGCAACUCAAUUCUGGGCGCGGGAAGGAGUCGGUGGGCGUCUCUCCCGCUCCCGCUGCCAUGGCGUCCGGACCGGCGUCGGGGCGCCGCGGCGUCGGGGUGUUUUGGGCUGGCCUGAUCUCCGCCUGGGCGCUGGCCGGGAGCAGCUCCCAGCAGCCCGCAGAUGACAGUGUGGUGCAGCUGUCUGGUGGGGUGUUCCAAAACGGGGCAGGUUUCUUGGAUGGUAAAAAAGGAGACGGAGCCUUCAGGAUAGUCAAACCGUUCCUGAUGGACAAAUAUCCAGUCACCAACAAAGACUUCCGGGAGUUUGUGAGAGACCAGAAAUACAAAACAGAAGCUGAGCAAUACGGGUGGAGCUUUGUCUUUGAGGAUUUCGUCCCCGAAGAGCUGAGGAAGAAAGUGACGCAGAAACUGGAGUCUGCCCCAUGGUGGCUUCCUAUCGAGAAAGCUUUUUGGAGACAGCCUGCAGGUCCCGGAUCUGGCAUCAAGGAGAGGCUGGACUUCCCGGUGCUGCACGUGAGCUGGAACGAUGCCCAGGCCUUCUGUGCGUGGAGAGGGAAGAGGCUGCCGACCGAGGAGGAGUGGGAGUUGGCUGCCAGGGGGGGCCUGGAGAACAGGUUGUAUCCUUGGGGGAACAAAUUCCUCGCCAACCGUACGAACCUCUGGCAGGGCGAUUUCCCUGCUGUCGACACAGCCGAAGACGGCUACCAUGGGGUCUCCCCAGUGGCUGCGUUUCCUCCUCAGAACAACUAUGGGUUAUAUGACCUGUUAGGAAAUACCUGGGAAUGGACAGACUCGGAGUACAGUCCAGAGGGGCCUACUGGGGUCCGCCACCCUGCUCAGGUGAUGCGUGUUCUGCGGGGAGCCUCUUGGAUUGACACGGUGGACGGAUCAGCCAAUCACAAGGCUCAGCUGACGACAAGGAUGGGGAACACUCCAGACUCGGCCUCGGACAACCUGAGCUUCCGGUGUGCUGCCAGCCUUGCCGAGCAGCCGCCCCUGGCAACUGGGAGCGAAAAGGCAGAGCUCUGA